UCCAUUUAAUCUGCAGUCACAAUCCCACCUUUACUAUCUGAUAUCCACAAACACAGUUGAAAUCCAUUCGCAGACACUUCUCCUUUAGACGAACACACAGGAAGACCAAUCGCCAUGGCUCCCUCGUUCGUGACCAUCGACACCACUCCCGACUUCGACCUGGCUCCCCCACCUCCGGUCAAGUCGGUGAACCCCUCCUCGAAGCGCAUCCUCCUCCUGGCGCCCCCCUCCAUCGCCACCCAAGAAGAGAAGCUGCGCGACCUCUUCACCACCUACGACCGCGCCACCACCGACCUUCAGAUGCUCGACCGCGUCGCCGGUGGUUUCGUUUCCCUCCCCGCCAGCACAUACGACCUCGUCCUCGUCCUCACCGACACCGAUGGCACGCGACGCUCCGAGGCGCUCCAACUGUUGAAUCGGAGCGUCUACGGCGCGUUGGUGCCGUCCAUGAAGGCGGGCGCUAAGUUCCAGACGCAAGAUAAUGUUUUCGGAGAGGCCGAGGAGCGGGAGGCGGUUUUGGCGGGCUUGGUCAAGACGGACGGUGGAUUCGAGAAGGCCGACCAGGGCAAGGUGUUCGCUAUUCCCCUGCGUCGGGGCGGAAAGAAGGACGCGGCCAAGAAGACGCCCGUUGCUGCUGCUACAACUACUCCGACCGCUCCUCCUGCGCAGGCUGCCCCGGCCCCGGCCAUGGGCAUCAUCAACGAUGACGCCGACUACGGCGAUGACGACGAAUUGAUUGACGAGGACGAACUGUUGUCGGAGGAUGAUCUGAAGAGACCCAUUCCUCCCCCCGAAUGUCAACCCAAGAAAGGCCGCAGAAGACGGGCCUGCAAGGACUGCACGUGCGGUCUCGCUGCGCGACUGGAAGCGGAGGAGCAAGCCCAGCGGGAGAAAGCCGACGAGGCGCUGAACGUGAUGAAGCUCGAGACGGACGAUCUGAACGAGCUGGACUUCACCGUGCAGGGCAAGCCAGGCUCGUGCGGAAACUGCGCUCUGGGCGAUGCCUUCCGGUGUGAUGGAUGUCCCUUCAUUGGUCUCCCGGCCUUCAAGCCUGGCCAGGAGGUCCAGAUCAUGAACAAUGUUGUGCAAUUGUAGCGUGCUUCUUACUGUUUGGUUUGCUCUUUUAGCGGAGUCGGGUCCGGGGUAACGGGGUUUCGGGGUUUUCUCCUGGGCUGGAUAAAAUAGAUAGAAUCUUUGACGACUUUGGGAUGGAUGAUAUCAGGAAUUAUUAAUCUGACUUUUUUGUG